CCGGCAGUGCCCAGAUCGGACGCUUGGCCAAGCCCGCUUCAAAGUCACCAUGGGAGGCUUUUGGGGGCUGCUGCUGGUGGCGUCGGCCUUUUGCGCAAAAGGUCCUGUUGAAGCGAAACAAGAAGCGAAGGCAUUCAAAUCGUCGGCACCCGUAAAAUCACAUUCACCUUUAAAGGACUCGAAUGGCGCACACCAAUUCCCCCGCUCCUUGGAGGUCAGGAUAAACAGCACUCCCACAAUCUAUGCACCGACACGUCCCGUAGACUCCAAUACUGUCAAAACGAAUAAGCUCACGUCUACUGAAGGCAACGCUGCUCUCCCUCUUGGGUCGUUUAAGUUCAACCCUACAGUAGGAACUAUCGUGGUUGCCGAGCACAUGGACAUCAAGUUUAAUUGCUCUAUCAGUGUUCCUAAGUCGCUAAUCAACCACGACUCGGCGCUCAUUUCCUUGUGGAAGAAUGGGAAGGAGCUCGUUGGCGCCGACAGGAUAGCCAGCCAGUAUUUUCAGUUUGAUGACAACGAAGUGACCACCAUAAUAUCUACUUUCCAUAUACCCAAUGUCCUGCGAUCUGAUAAUGGGUCCUACACCUGCAAACUGAAAGUCAACAGCGAAGAAAUCGUGUCAGAUCCUAUUUUGGUUUUGUUGGAAGGGCUGCCGUACUUCAUUAAGCAGCCCCAGGGGCUGAACGUGACCCGGAACACGCCGUUCAAUCUCACGUGCCAUGCUGUGGGGCCCCCUGAGCCCAUUGCAAUUCACUGGCACUGGAACAGCAGCCAAAUUACCAAGAAAGCGGACAUCUCUCCAUCUGUCUUGGCCGUGCCAGGUCUUAACGAAACUGCUGUUUUCCACUGCGAAGCUCAUAACGUGAAGGGCGUGGCUACAUCGACGGAAGCCCGAAUCAAUAUAAAAGGAAUCCCAUCCCCUCCUCUUGAGGUGCAAGUGAGGAGCAGGGCAGCUCACACGAUAGCAGUGUCCUGGGUCCCAGGCUUUGACGGCUAUUCACUUUUGAGCCGCUGCAGAGUUCAGGUGAAGGAUGCUUUUGCACCCAGCAAUGCCUCUGUGUUGGUUUUCAACACUUCUGUGCCCCCUCAUCUGUACCGUAUUCAGAAUCUGGGGGCCGUGAAGGAUUAUAACAUCCGUGUUUCUUGUAUGAACGAAGUAGGCUGGUCUGGCUUCAGCCCGUGGAUAAUUGCCAAUACAACAGAAGGAGCUCCCUCUGCUCCGCCUGGGAAUGUCACCCUCUCCGUCAACGAGUCCAGCUCUUCUGUGAUCGUCACGUGGAUAAGGCCUCCUUCUGCACAGAUGAAUGGUGAACUUCAAGGCUACAGCAUCUCUCAUGUGUGGCAGAAUUCAGAGGUGUUUCAGAAUCUCUCUUUGCGUACCGGUAGAGAUUACAGUGCCGUUCACAUUCCAGUCGUGGCCAUCAAUGCAACCUGCCUGGUGCGAGUAGCUGCCAUUACAAAUGGCGGAGUCGGGCCGUUCAGUGAUCCAGUGGCAGUUUUUAUUCCAGGGAAUGGUUUCGUAUCCACGGCCUCUUCUUCAACUCCAGCAUCAAGAAGCACACAUUCACUGACGAUAGUCCUCGGGUUUAUAUGUGGAGUUGUCGUCGUCGUUGGGUUCAUCCUGUAUGUGUCUGUGAUUAUCAGGAAAAAGUUCACAGAAGAGACCAAGUUUGGGUACGCCUUCAGGAGUGAUGAGUCAGAACUGGCUGUAAAUUACAGAGCAAAGAAGUCCUACGGCCGCCGAGCUGUUGAACUGACACUGGGCAGCCUUGGUGUGAGCGAAGAGCUACAGGAGAAACUGCAGGAUGUUGUGAUUGUUAGGACCAACCUGGCUCUGGGGAAGAUCUUGGGAGAAGGGGAGUUUGGAUCAGUCAUGGAAGGGAAUCUCAGCAAUCCUGAUGGAACUACCCAGAAGGUAGCUGUGAAGACUAUGAAGCUGGACAGUUUUUCCCAGCGAGAAAUCGAAGAGUUCCUCAGAGAAGCAGCUUGCAUGAAAGACUUCGAUCAUCCAAAUGUCAUCAAACUUCUGGGUGUGUGUAUAGAACCAAGUUCUCAGCAGGUCCCCAAACCCAUGGUGAUUCUCCCGUUCAUGAAAUACGGAGAUCUGCAUAGCUUCCUCCUUCGCUCAAGGCUUGGAAUGGGCCCACAGUAUGUACCACUGCAGACUUUGUUGAAGUUUAUGAUCCAUAUUGCUCUAGGAAUGGAAUACCUCAGCAACAGGCAUUUCCUCCACAGGGACUUGGCUGCUCGAAACUGCAUGUUACGGGACGACAUGACCGUGUGUGUGGCAGACUUUGGUUUAUCCAAGAAGAUUUACAGCGGCGAUUAUUACCGGCAGGGGCGCAUUGCAAAGAUGCCCGUGAAGUGGAUUGCGAUAGAAAGUCUUGCCGACCGCGUCUACACGACAAAAAGCGACGUGUGGGCUUUCGGUGUUACAAUGUGGGAGAUAGCGACCCGAGGGAUGACUCCGUACCCAGGAGUGCAGAACCAUGAAAUUUACGACUACCUCCUUCAUGGGCACAGGCUGAAGCAGCCAGAAGGCUGCUUAGAUGAGUUGUACGAAAUAAUGUACUCUUGUUGGAGGGCAGAUCCCACGGAGCGGCCCGUCUUCUCCGAACUUAAGCUUCACCUGGAGAAGCUGUUGGAAAGUUUGCCCGCCCUCAGCGAUCCCGAGGACGUAAUUUAUAUUAACACCAGCCUGAUGGAGGACAGUGUGGAAGAGCUGACAGAAGACUCAGAGUUUCCCCGGAUAGACACGGACCUUGACCCUAACCACAUCAUAGAGUCCUGUUCCCAAAAACCAGAGACCACUGUGGUCACCGUGGACAUCCAUGAUAGCAAUGGGAUGGGGGACAGGUACAUUUUGAGCGGGGCUAACGAAGAGCACCUCAGCAACCUGAGGAGAACAGAAGAGGAAGAUGCCCCUUUGCUGCAGCACACACCCUUGCAGAACGGGCUGCUAUGGUCUCAAGCCAGCACCCUUCCUGUCGGGAGCACGUUAGCCAGUGAACUACUGUAUGCGGACGACUCUCUGGAGGACUCUGAGAUUCUGCUGUGAAAGAAGGAGCAGGACUUUCCGAUCAGUUGCAGUCUCCUCGGCCAGAAAUGUUCUGAAUGGACUUGUCUUGCUCUCGUCAUGCAAAGCCAGCCCUGUGUAGCAACCUCUCCAAGCCCUGUGUACAGCAUGUGAUUAAUAGAAUGUUCUAUCUCUCUGUUUUGUAUAAUACGGUAUCUUUAUAGAGAUUAUAUUUUAAUAAACAACACUCCCAUUA